AUGUCCGCAUUUGACCUAAACGAUGUCGCGGUUGCGCUUCGCACCGCUCGGGCUGAAGGAAAGCCUAUCGACCCUCCAUCAAAGACUUGGCCCAGCCUGAAUGCCGACGACGGUUUCAAAAUUCAGGAGCUCAAUUCCCUUCACGCUGUUCAAAAUGGCGACCGAUUGGUUGGAUAUAAGCUCGGAAAUAUCGCGAAAGUGAUGCAAACCGCCUUUGGCCUCGACCACCCUGACUACGGAUUUCUACAUGCAAGCUCUUUCCUUUACGAGGGUACUUCCAUCCCUCGUGAGAAAUUCAUCAAGCCAUAUGUUGAAUUGGAGCCCGCAUUUGUACUGAAGAGUGAUCUCAAAGGCCCUAAUGUCACUGUCGCCGAUGUCAUCAGCGCGAUCGACUAUGCCCUCCCUGCUAUUGAGAUCAUUGACUCUCGUGUCAAGAACUGGGCUAUUGAUCUCCCCGAUACCCUGGCCGACAAUGGAUCUACUGGAGCUAUUAUUCUUGGUGGCACCCCGCGCAAGAUCUCCGACCUCAAUCUUAGCAACACUCGUGGCUACUUGAAGUGCAACGGCCAACAGGUGAUGGAGGGAAACACAAAAAACAUUCUUGGAAACCCAUUAGCAGCAACUGCGUGGCUGAUCAACACUUUAUCGAAGUAUGGCAUCGAGUUCAAGGCAGGGCAGCUCAUUAUGCCGGGAAGUUGCUUAGAGGCGGUUCUGAUUCAGGGACCUGGACAGUGGUCUUGCACAUAUGAAGGAUGGGGAACCAUCGAAUUCGAAAUUGUAUAG